GUUCAUUCAGCUAAAGUGUUAAAGUUCAGUUUUAUUUUGUAUUAAUUAAUUAUUUCCACAAACAUCCGUAAUAUGAAAACAAUAUAAUUUCUUAUAAUUUAAUCACCAUUUAAUCUAAAUCUACCUCUAUCACCGUUCACCGAAAACACCGCCAACUUGCUACAAUAAUCCGCGCGAAAGUGAAACUUUUCCCCGCAAACCAUCAAUUAAAAUGUUAUCGUCUACGGACUUAGAAAGGCUAAUUACGGCUAAGAAGCGGCAGAUACAGAAGGAGAAAACCGUGCUUGGUCUAGCACCGCCAGAACCCAUUGUUCUACAAAAUGAAAAGCAGACUCCAGCCCCGAUCCCUUCAGAGGCGUCGCCAAAACAAGUGAAGUUCACACAGGACUGUCCACUUAACAAGCGCCAUGAGACGACUGACGCCGCGGCUGGUGAGGCGGCCAGAGAAGACACUGAUGAGGGCAUACCACCGGACUUAGAGCGUUAUAUACGGCGCUACAUAGGGCUGCCGGUCAUGCUGAAGACAGGAGAGUACUCCCCCAACAACCCGGCGCUGCGCGGCGCGGCGCCUCGCCACAGAGACGCCUUCCUCGGACUAGGAGACUAUGAGCAGAGGAGCAAGACGCUUAGGAGACUCCGGCAGAGGGAGUAUAAGGAGUAUCUGGAUCAGCAAGCGAGAAAGAAGCAAGAAGAAAAGGAACAAGCGGAAAGAGAGCGGCGAGAGCGCGAGGAAAGAGAAAGAGACAUAGAAAGACUGCAGCUAGAACGGCACAGCGAUAUCCGUACGAGAGAAAAACAAAAUGCCUUCGCAGAAAGCUAUGAGAGUAGAAAACUCCACAAAGAACACAAGACACAAGCGGAGAGAGAGCUCUCUCCUCGCACCGUGCAGACAGCAGAGCGACACAUCAACCCGGCUGGGUGCUUCAUUAGGGAACAUUAUGAAGACCGAGCCGGCAAGUCGAACCGCGCCAAGUUGAUGUCGGACCUGACGCACACGCGCGCGCCCUCGCUUCUAGACGCCGACGCCAUACAGAUGAGGAACCAGAAGGCUGAACAAGAAGCAGCAAAAAGAAAACAAUACUACCAGCAAGAUCUCAAGAAUCAGAUCGAGGAACAACAGAGGAUACGAGAGGAAAGAAAAGCGAGAGAAAAGUUGCUAGAACAAGCGGAGAUGCGUCGCUUGGAGGAACAGCUCAGGAUGCUGAGGACCGCUCAAGACAAGGAGGUGAAGAAGAACGAGGAUGUGACGACCGCGAUGAAAGAAAACGCCAAACAGUUUGAGAAUAAGAGGACAACGCUACAGAAAGAGAUAGAAACAGAACAGAAAUCCUUAUUCCGAGCGGCGUCGCAGCCCUCACACAUACCCAAGAGAACGAUAUACACGUCCAAAAGCGAAAACACACACAAACUACCCACAUUUUACUCUAAAGCACCAGAAAAUAGAAUUAGACCAACCUUUUCCACUAAUAUUCCAGAUAACUCCAUCUUUUCCCCAAACUACGAUGUAGAUAAAUACUUAAGAACCAACCUCAAUCCAAGCACAGAGAGUCUUAUGUUCAACGGACUGAGCAACUACGCCAAAUCUGAGGUCUCUAGCAAAGAUUUGUUCAAAUCGAACUCUGAAUAUUCGAUAAAAAAUCAAGAAGUGUUAGGAACUAGGCGGUUUAGUUUUGAUCCAGAUUUCGAAGACAAUUCUACAGUUAAUUCUAAAACGGUUGUUGAAAAAGCAUUAGUACACAACCCGCCAAAAGACGUGAGAACAUACGAGCCAUCAUUCCUAAGGAAAGAUAUAAAAGACUUGAUAGUCAAAGAGAGGGAUUUAGACGAAACGCCUAUACCCGUUUUGAGGCAUUCGCCGAAAAUAAUUAUAGAUGAUGACGAAGUGGUAACUGCAGCUAAAACAAGCGAAGCGAUGAAGAAAUUAGAAAACAAAUGGAAAAUACCAGCGGUUAAAAAGAAUGUGCUAAAGUCUUUGCCUACAAAUGAAGGGAAAAAUGUGAGUAUUCUAACGCAACUCGGCUCUAUAAGGAGACAAUUACAACUUGAACAGUUGAAAUUGGAUAAAAUGUUGGAUAAGAAGAGUGAUGUUUGAAUUCAUUAAUAACCGUUAUUGGUGAUUUAUCCAGGAAGGUGGGUUUGAUUUGUCCCUUUUUGUGAACUCAGGGUGUGGGGUAGAAACCAUUCUUAUUAUCUUUGACCAAGUUCUUAUAGGGAUAUUUCUGAAUGUGAUGUCUUUUGAAGACUUAUCAUAGAAAGGUGAAUUUGUAAUGGAUUCCUUCCAAUAUUGGAUGUAAGUUUAGAGGUAGGUUGAAUUUUAAUGAGUAUGUAUAUGAUAAGUAAUUUUUAAAUUUUUAUCAUUUAGAUAAUUAGAAUUAAUAGGAUUUAAUCUGGGCAGUGAUUAAUUCAUAAAUAUUUUAAUUAAUUUUAGUGCAAUUCAGGUGUAAGUAUUGUGAUUUACGCCCCAUAUUUUAAUGAAUAAGUACAUUUUAGAAUAAUUUUAAAUAUUGCAUAAUAAUUUUUAACUAUUUUAUUGUACAAUGCCAAAGUUUAUAUAUCUGUUAAAUUGUUGGUUUAGUAUUUUUAUCAGUUUAUUUAUUUGAAGCAUGUUUAUGUGGCAUAAUUUAUAUAUUAAAUUAAUAAAU